ACCCUAAUCACCACUGAAUUAAAUACCCAUUGUUAUCUCAGCUGACAACCCAGUUUUCAAUUUUUAUCAAAUUUUAGCGGCCGACCGACGUGAGAGGGCCACGUCAUGGACGGCAAAUACAACGCCAAAAGCCCCGCCGUGAAGCGCAUUAUGCGCGAGGCCUGCGAGUUGCAGGCGGCCACGGACCACUACUGGGCGCGACCGCUCGAGGACAACCUCUUCGAGUGGCACUUCACGGUGCGAGGGCCUUCGGGCACGGACUUCGAGGGCGGCCUCUACCACGGCCGCAUCCUCCUGCCGCCCGAGUACCCCAUGAAGCCGCCUAAUAUCAUUCUCCUCACGCCGAGUGGUCGUUUCGAGGUGAACAAAAAGAUUUGUCUGAGCAUCUCAGGCCACCACCCUGAGACCUGGCAGCCGUCCUGGUCGAUCCGGACGGCCCUGCUGGCGCUGGUAGCGUUCAUGCCGACAGACGGCCAGGGCACGAUCGGCGCUCUUGACUACACGCCUGAAGAAAGGCAAGUGCUGGCUAAGAGGUCCGCAAACUGGAGCUGUGACCAGUGCGGACAUAUUGCCGGACACCUCGCCUCUUCGGACGAAGAGGCCGCUCCGCUGUCCACUGAGGAGAGCGAGCUCGUUGGACAGAUCACGUUCAAGGAGGAGGAUAAUGCUGCGGCGGCUGCUGCCACGGCCAGUCAAAAUAAUAGUCCUGUGCCAGAAGCGGCGGAAGUAGUGGCGGAGGCGCAGCCGGACGGCAGCGUCGCCGGCAGCCAGGCAGUGAUUCUCGGACUUUUGGUGGCCAUCGCGCUGCUGCUCUACCGGAGAAUGUUCCUGCUCGAGUGAGAGCCCGAUUUAUUGAAUUGAGCCGAGUGGAGGGAGACCAAAGAUUUUCUGCCGCUGCUUUUGUUCCGAUUUUCCUGCAGUGCAUAAAACCUGGGUUCAAGCACACAUUGUGAUUAAACGCGUAUUUCAUAAUAAUAUUGUAUAGUUAACUGAGAAACAAUAAGGAUAAUAAAUUAAUGGCAUUUAGAGUGAGGACCAUAAUGCAACAAAAAA